ACUGAAUGUUUGUUGUUAAAUACAAUUAGUUUGAUCAGCAAUAUCCAAUAUUAGAUAUGGAUAUAUAUGAUAGGCUUCUAAUCGAUACUAGCAAAGAAUAUUAACCAAUAUUAAUUGGUUCAUAUUAGAAUUAAUAAGAACGAUUUAGUAGCCUUUGCUGAUAUCUUCGUAUGAUUAUCGUUCAUAUCAAGCGAUUGCGAUACGAUUACUAACAGUUCCUUUUAAUUAUCUAUAUUAGAUCUAAUCAUUGAAACGUAUUUUGAAUCGAAAUAAUAUAGAAACAACCAUGAAAGACAGUAAGCCGAGUUCAACCAUCGGGAACGAAGGUGUAGCAAAGGAACUUAGUUGUUGGGCGAAAUUUAAAAGAUUCUUUGACGAUAGAGGUUUUGAUUUAGAAUGUGAAUAUAAAGAUGUAAAUUCAGUUAAUACUGGUGUUGCAAUAUCGAAUAAUACAAACGGUUAUAGACAAUUCGAAGAGAUAAAUAAGAAAGUUGAAUUUCAACCUAAAAAACGUUUAUCACGGACCAUAGACAAAUCAAAUGAUACGUCAAGUGUUGUCAAUUUUUACGAUCAACUUGCAAGUUUGAGUGAUAACAAGGAUAAUGAAUUAUGGAAAAGACCAGCGGUGAAUAGACCAAGAGUUUCCGUAAGACCGAGCAUAUCACUUACGAAAAUAGCUGAAGAAAUUGUAAGUGAUUUAGAAAUGGACGAAAUUGAAGUGAACAGAUCCCCCCCGCCGUCGUACGUCCCCGCAGCCCUCUUUUACGCGCCGCCGGAGCCGCUUGAGUUGGUAUGCGUGUUCCCGGAGCGAGGCUCGCGCGUAUGUGCGGCGGCAUGUGCGGCGGCUGCACGCGCGGGCGGCGAGGCACGCGCGGUUCGCGGAGCUCGGGAGGCGCUGGACACAUUCCGGCGCGACGCGGACGCGCGUCUGCCGCACGUCGUUGUGGUAGACGCGCGUCAACCGCAAACUCUUGACGCUACUUUGUUAGCUAGAGCUAUCAGAGGAAUGAAGAACACUCAACAUAUAGUACUUGUAGCUGUUGUGAAAAAAAGUGUUUACCUCAAAGACGACUUCGCAGUUCUGCAAUACCUGGAAGCAGGCUUCAACCGGGUAAUGGUGGAGACAGUGGGUGCCACAGCGUGGUGUGGCGAAAUCUUGCAAGCACGCGCCGCGGCCGCUACGUCGCGUGCGCAGGUCGCCGCGGUCGCCGCUCUAGCAGCCGCUGCAGACCGUUGCCGGGAUCUCGUUGCCGUCACUGACGACCAGCAAAGGAUCCUCUUAACGAACAAGUCGUGGGGCCGCAUGCUGGGGUGGCGCGGCGACGAGGGUCCGCGCCCUCUGGCGGAGACGGUGGGCGGCGAGGCGCUGCGGCUUGCAGCAAGCGGUGCACGCGACUGGGAGGCGCCUGUCAUGCUGCGCCGCCGCGCCGCGCCCGACCCUAUCCUGCUGCCCUGCCGCGGCGCCUCCGUCGCACUGGCUAGGAGCACAUCUCACGUGGUGUUCGUUUGUGAGCCGGGCGGGGGCGACGGUGAGCGCGCUCGAGGUUCGCUACACUCCAUCAGGCGGGGCUCGCUCGACGUGCGCUCUGUUGCCUCCGACGGCCUGCGUAGGACGUCCCUAGCUAAACUGCAGGGAUUGCCGCUGGAAGCUCCUAUCACUAAGGUGAUAUCAUUACUAUCUGCGGCGACAGAGGGCGCCCCGCCCGCCACAGUCGCCUGCAUUGAACGCGCGGUUGACAUGCUGAGGACCUCCGAGCUAUACUCUCCUCAGAUGAAGGAAGACCCAAAACUCAGAGCUGAAGAUCCCAUAGCUACCGACCUCAUUGGAGCGCUGCUGUCGCAAGGACCGACUAACGUGUUGUCUUCGCGGCGGAGCAGCAAUGACUCAACAGUUGUCAGGUCUCAGACGAACAGGACUAAUAUCAAACACAAGACGUCAGGUCAGCUUCGUGAGCUCCUCGACACCGCACUGAGCUGGGAGUUCGAGAUCUUCCGUCUUGAGGAAUUGACGCGCGGGCGUCCGCUGGCGCACCUUGGGCUGGCGCUGCUGGGCGGACGGUUUGAUGUUUGCGCCGCCCUCGAAUGUGACGAGCGCACGCUACUCCACUGGCUUACCGUCAUCGAGACAAAUUACCACGCGGUUAACACGUAUCAUAACUCCACGCACGCCGCGGACGUACUUCAGGCCGUAGCAUACUUCUUGGAGAAGGAUCGUCUGAAGACACUUCUAGAGCCGCUGGAGGCCGCAGCGGCGCUGAUCGCCGCGGCCGCGCACGACAUUGACCACCCCGGCACCUCGUCCGCCUUCCUAUGCAACGCGCGGCACCCGCUCGCUAUACUUUACAAUGACAUCUGUGUGCUCGAAUCCCACCAUGCUGCGCUCACCUUUAAACUCACACUUAAUGAUGAUCGCGUGAACAUCUUCAAGAAUCUCGACCGCGACACGUACAAGACUGUCCGUCACAACGUCAUCGACAUGGUGCUGGCCACCGAGAUGACGAAACACUUCGAGCACCUCGCCAAGUUCGUCAAUGUCUUCUACGCCAAAUCCAGCGGCAGCAAGGAGGACGGCAUGCACACUGACGAACCUUUGUCUCUGGACACAACAGCACUAUCUCUUCCUGAAAACGUAAUCCUAGUGAAGCGAAUGAUGAUCAAAUGCGCUGACGUAUCCAAUGCAUCGCGACCUCAGAAGUUCGCAUUUGAAUGGGCAAGGAGGAUCGCGGAGGAGUACUUCCUACAGACGGAGGAGGAGAAGGCGCGCGCGCUGCCUGUCGUGAUGCCUAUGUUUGACCGCGCCACAUGCUCCGUGCCGCGCUCACAGAUCGGGUUCAUUGACUACAUCAUUAUUGAUAUGAUGGAGGCCUGGGCGGCAUUCAUUGAUAUGCCGGAGUUGGUGAAUCACGCGCGCAACAACCACACGCGCUGGCGGGAGCUGGACGAGGCCGGCGUCAGCUCGAUGGCGGACGUGAAGCGAGCCAUGCGCCAGCAGGCCAUACAGGCCCCGCCUACUUCCACUGCAGAGCCCACCGCCGAGGAGUGAGCGCGCAAUGGAUGCGAACUUGACGCAAGUUAACGAUGACCCCGAUAUCAAUUUAGUACAGUCUCCUAGGUCAUACACAAAGUACAGUCGGCUACGAAAAGUUUGUAACAAAAACUUGAAGACGAAAUAUGUGCGACUGGAAAUUAUUUAACGGGAGCAACAUAUUAUAUUUCGUGCAAAAUAGGAUUCCAAUGUCAUCGCGGUUAACCCGUCUCUAUGUAACCUUCUCGUUCGUUUUAAGUAAAUUGACACCUAGUUUGGAAUAUGGAUAAAAUGCUUUACCUGUGUAAUAUAACUUUGGAAUAAUCUAAUAAUAGGUAUAUGACAAACCUGCAUUGCAUCGUGCCACGAAUAAAUGUUAUGUAAGUUAGCACUUUGAAAAUUGUUUUACGAUGCGCCACUGUUCUAUGUUUCGUAUCUCAUAUUUGAAACUAGUUUUGUAAUCUAAUAAUGUGCUUACGCUACAAGUUACGAAAUAAUUGUUAUCUCUUUUUUUUCGAAGAUAAUGAACGGGAUGACAAAUAUUUUUGUAAUGUUUCGCCAGUGUCAACACAAAAUAAGGUGAAGGCAGGAUUGAGAUGUAUGAUGGACAAAGAGCACGGUACGCAUUUGGGUGUCAACGUAAAAAGUCUGAAUUGGAUCAUAGGCACGCUCGUUGCCUGACGGAUGUGUCCGAAAAUACGCUUAUUUUAUACUACUUGUAACCAUAUUAGUAUAAGUAACAUUAAAUUCUAUUGUUAUCUACAUAUUCGUAUAGUAUUAGGAUAAUAUUUGAUUCUAUAUAUUUUUCAUUAUAACUGUCAUAUUGUGUGAAUAUUUGGUUCAUUGAUAAUGUAGAUUGGUUUUUCGCGUAGUUUGAAAUGAAGGCAAGUAUUAUAUUAUGCCUUUGGAACGGGUAAUAUAUCUUGUGUAGGUAAAGUCUUUUUUGAUUUAUUCGUGUCCGUGAUUAGAGUGCCAUAGACAUUUAACGUCAGCCAAUCGCAAAGCGACAGAGUUUGUCUCUGAUCGCGCGCCAUGACAGUACUAUUAACGUUCUUUUCAAUCGCCAUACGUGAUACAGUAAUCGUUUUUUCCUAACACUAAAUUGGUCCACUUUUAAUACUUGAGCUUUCAGAAAAUUCCUAUUUUUUAUAAUAACUUUUAUAUAACCUAUUUACCGACUAUUUCGGCAUCGUCAUAUCAACAUUUCCAAGUUUUUUGAUCGAUUUAAAAAUUCCUCCGACGUAACUUUUUUUAUCUAUAGUUUCAUUUCUACUUUCCCUUCCGAGGGUAUUUAAAUUUGAUACCCAACAAUUAUAUUGUAUGUUUAUAAAUCUGGUAAUAUUUAAGCUACUAUAUACUAUUCGCUUCAACUUAAUGUACGUAUUUAUUAAUUUAUUAUAUUCGAAUAAGAAUAAAUGAUACGUCUAUAGGAUUUGUUAAGAUUUUUAAAUUCGUCUUUAUGACGCUGGUACGUAUAAGUAAUCUGUAUUGAUGUAGAAAGUUAAAAAAACAUUAUUGAUUUUUUUUAAGAAUACGCUUUCUUGUGCUCAAUGUCAAUAAAAACGGUCUAAAAUUGAAAAAAAAAAAUACUUCAAUGUUUGUAUACAUUAUACUUACCUACAUCUACCAAUAUUUUAUAUGAUAAAUAUAAUAUUAGGUAUGUAUAUCUUACUGUAGAUCAGUGUGUUCAAUCUCAUAUUUGUAAUAUAAACAAAACGCACUGUUAUUUGUGCAGCUGACUGUACGUGUAUUUUUUUAAUGAUACAGCUGAAUAGCUCAAUUUUCCUAAAAUUCAUUUUAAUCUUAUGUAGCACAAAGUAAAUAUAUAAAUUAUUGCUUCCGAAUUGGAAAAUCCUAAGCUAUUCAUGUUUAUAAUCAAUGUUUAUAUAUUACAUAAUAUACUAUUAUAUAUACUACGUUAAGAUGAGAGUGUGUGAGGCGGGGGGCUGGUCCCUAUAUUUAUUUGUGGAAUUAAUGAUAUAUUGUUAUGGAAUUUUAUACGCGAUUAUUAUAUGCGUUAUAUGAGUAGCAACUAAUGAAUGUUAAAAUUAUAUAAAAACGGCUAAUAUACGUGAGUGUUUAGCCGUUUUUAUAUCAGUUUAUUAUAAUGUCUUA